UUUAGCUUAAAAUUUCCGAACUCACGUGCAGGUAAGACCAGUUCAUUCGGGGACUGCAACGCUGAAGGAUGCUACAUCUGAAGCUAUACGAGACUGGGUAACCAAUGUGGAAUCAACUCAUUACAUCCUGGGAUCUGUUGCCGGGCCCCAUCCAUAUCCUAUGAUGGUAAGAGAGUUUCAUGCAGUGAUUGGUAAAGAAACAAGGAAACAAGCAUUGGAAAAAUGGGGUGGCAAACCCAAUGUGCUUGUUGCAUGUGUUGGUGGAGGUUCAAAUGCGAUGGGGAUCUUUCAUGAAUUUGUCGAUGACAAAGAUGUUAGGCUGAUUGGUGUGGAGGCUGCUGGUUUCGGUUUGGACAGCGGUAAGCAUGCUGCCACAUUGACUAAAGGAGAAGUUGGAGUCUUGCACGGAGCUAUGAGCUACUUGUUGCAGGAUGAUGAUGGGCAAAUUAUCGAGCCACAUUCUAUUAGUGCUGGCCUGGAUUAUCCUGGAGUUGGACCAGAGCACAGUUUUCUUAAAGAUAUUGGACGUGCUGAGUAUUAUAGCAUCACCGAUGAAGAGGCUAUAGAAGCUUUUAAGAGAUUAUCUAGGCUCGAGGGCAUCAUCCCUGCACUCGAGACAUCUCAUGCACUGGCAUAUCUAGAGAAGUUGUGCCCGACGCUUCCAGAUGGAACUAAAGUUGUGCUCAACUGCAGUGGAAGGGGAGAUAAGGAUGUUCAGACAGCCAUUAAAUUGUUAAAGCUUUGAUUGUAUUAACUUGAAAAUGUGCAUGUGAACCUUCUAGGAAUUUCGGGGAAUCAUUUCUUGAGAUCCUUUUGAAGGGCAAUUUAGUUUGUGUCAUGGUCUGCCACCAUGGUUAUAUGAUGAAAUUUUUCAUAUGAAAGCAAUGAUAAACCAGUCAGGUUGCCAUUAUUUA